AUGCUCAAGUUUUCGCAGACCACUGCGAACCAGAUUCGCUUCCUCCUCCAAAGCCUCAACGACGCCAACUCCGACUCUGUUCUCCGCGAGCUCACUCAGUUUAUUGAAUAUGGAAUUGAGGGAAGCAUUUUGCUGCUCCAAACCUGCCUGGAUCAUCUGAAUCAUUACAGAAUAGAUAUAAAGAAUGUGGCACUGGAACGGGUUCUUGCCUCACUUUUCAAAUAUCUCAUUGACCAACCAAAUUUCAGUACUAUGUUCUGUGAAUCACUAAGAAAUACAGAGGUCAAUGAAGGAAUUGUUGAGAAUUUCUCGAGUGCAUUGCAACUGUCUGUACCUGAGAAAAUUGGCAUUGGUCUUGCCUUGUCAGAUUCAGAAAACCUAGACACCAGAAUAUGUGGCAAGAACUUCUGUAUGGCUCAGAUUGAGCAAUUAUGUGAAACUCCUGUUGACAAGAUCUCUUCCGAGAAAAUUCAGAGUAUUGUUUUGUUCCUCCAGCGGUCUGAGGGUCUUUCCAAGCAUGUAGAUUCCUUUAUGCAGAUGUUAUCUUUACUGCAGCUGAAAGAUGAUGAAAGCUCAUUUGUGUUAAGUCCAUUGCUUUCAAAUGAGCUUCGUGAUGACAAUUUUUUGAGGUGGAACGUGGAUUUGUUCCAUGAAAGUGGAGAAAAUGAUUUUGAUGCGAUUUUAGCUGAAAUGGAGAAGGAGAUGAGCAUGGGAGAUAUUAUGAAGGAAUUAGGUUAUGGAUGCACAGUUGAUUCAUCCCAGUGCAAAGAGAUUUUAUCCCUUUUCUUACCUCUCAAUGAGAUUACUAUCUCCAAAAUACUUGGCACAAUUGCCUGCACCCAUGCUGGUCUCGAGGAUAAUCAGAAUACGUUUUCAACCUUUCGAUUGGCAAUGGGUUACAGCACUUCAUCUGAUUUGCCUAUGCUAAACACCUGGAACAUUGAUGUCCUCGUGGAUACGAUCAAUCAACUUGCUCCGGACACCAACUGGAUAAGUGUUAUUGAAAAUUUGGAUCACGAGGGCUUCUACAUUCCUAAUAAGGAGGCAUUCUCUUUUUUCAUGUCUGUAUAUCAGCAUGUCUGUCAGGAGCCCUUCCCCCUACAUGCUAUCUGUGGGUCUGUUUGGAAGAAUACUGACGGUCAGCUAUCAUUUCUCAAACAUGCUGUUUCAUCACCACCUGAAGUAUUUAACUUUGCUCACUCUGUUAGGCAGCUGCCCUAUGUGGAUGCAGUGAAUGGUCACAAGCUACAACUUGGGCAUGCAAAUCAUGCAUGGUUGUGUCUAGACCUUUUGGAUGUACUUUGUCACCUAGCAGAGAGGGGUCAUGCUCUUUCCGUUCGAUCGAUACUUGAGUAUCCUCUUCAACACUGUCCUGAAGUCCUGCUUCUUGGGAUGGCACAUAUUAAUACUCCAUACAACCUGCUGCAAUAUGAAGUGUCUUUUAUUGUUUUCCCCAUGAUAGUAAAAAAUGUCAUGGGCAAUGGCAUGAUCGUUCACCUCUGGCAUACUAACCCCUCUUUGGUGCUCCGGGGAUUUAUGGAUACUUACAAUAGUGAUCCAGAGAGCAUGACUAGGAUAUUGGACAUCUGUCAAGAGCUUAAGAUUUUGUCGUCCGUCAUGGAGAUGAUUCCUUCUCCCUUUAGUAUCAGACUGGCGGCCCUUGCUUUCAGAAAAGAGCUUGUAGAACUGGAGAAGUGGUUGAACAGUAAUUUGAUUACAUAUAAAGAUACUUUCUUUGAGGAGUGCCUCAAGUUCCUAAAGGAGAUUCAAGCUGGUGGGACCCAAGAUUUCUCUACCAGACCUUUCCAACAUUCUGGUGCUGUCUCAACUCUCUAUGGGGACACUACUGCUACCUUCUCAAAGGUUCUGAAAGCUCAUGUCGGGCAGAUUACUUCUAGCCACCUUACUGAGGACUUGGAGAAACUCUCUGUGUCGAUUAUGGAUUCUAAUCCAAGGCUACCGAAUGGUGGGUCUACAGAGUCAUCAACAGAUGGAUAUGCAGAUGAUAUUGAAACUGAAGCCAACUCUUACUUCCAUCAAAUGUUUUCUGGUCAGUUGACUAUUGAAUCAAUGGUCCAAAUGCUUGCUCGUUUCAAAGAAUCUUCUGUACAAAGGGAACAAUCCAUUUUUGAGUGCAUGAUUGCCAAUCUGUUUGAGGAGUAUAGAUUCUUUCCGAAGUAUCCUGAAAGACAGCUCAAAAUUGCCGCGAUUUUAUUUGGGUCUGUCAUCAAGCAGCAGCUUGUAACUCAUCUGACUCUAGGGAUUGCUCUGCGUGGUGUUUUAGAUGCAUUGCGCAAACCUGCAGAUUCAAAAAUGUUUGUGUUCGGAACCAUGGCUUUGGAGCAGUUUGUGGAGCGUCUGAUUGAGUGGCCACAGUAUUGCAAUCACAUUCUUCAGAUAUCCCAUUUGCGCAAUACUCAUUCAGAGCUGGUGGUAUUCAUUGAACAGGCUCUUGCCAGGAUUUCUUCCGGCAAUUCAGAUCCAGAGGGAAGUAACCAUGCUUCUGCAGUUCAUCAUCACGGCCCCAGUCAAGUUACCUCAGGAAAUGUGGAGUUAAAUGGAUCUAGCAUCUUACCAACUGGGCAGACGCUAUCUUCUUCACUCCAGCUCCAACAGAGACAUGAAAGCUCUCUUGAUGAUCGUCUCAAGUCCUCAACUUCAUCGAAUGAGGUAAAACCACUUUUAUCUUCUGCGAUGCAACCUGCAGCUCCUGUUGGUGAUGCUCCGAGUAUUCAGAAGUUACAAAUUGCAGUUAGUGCUCCAUCAAUGUUGUCCACUGUUUCCCCUGGUCUUGUUCGUCCAUCACGAGGAGCUACCUCUACCAGGUUUGGCUCCGCUUUGAGCAUUGAAACAUUGGUUGCAGCAGCUGAGAAAAGAGACGCUCCCGUUGAGGCUCCAGCAGAGAUUCAGGACAAAGUAUUAUUUAUAGUUAAUAAUAUAUCACUUGCUAAUAUUGAAGUCAAGUCAAAGGAGUUCUCUGAGAUACUGAAAGAGCAAUACUAUCCUUGGUUUGCACAGUAUAUGGUUAUGAAAAGGGCAAGCAUUGAGCCAAAUUUUCAUGACAUGUAUCUGAAAUUUCUGGACAAACUUAAUUCGAAGGCUUUGAAUAAAGAGAUUGUUCAAGCCACGUAUGAGAACUGCAAGGUUCUUCUAGGGUCGGAGCUUAUAAAAUCAAGCUCAGAGGAGCGUUCGUUGUUAAAAAAUUUAGGUAGCUGGCUUGGGAAACUUACGAUCGGAAGGAAUCAAGUCUUAAGGGCUCGUGAAAUUGAUCCCAAAUCUUUGAUCAUAGAGGCAUAUGAGAAAGGUUUGAUGAUUGCAGUCAUACCUUUCACUUCAAAGGUUCUAUUCAAGAAUCUAGGAGUGGAUUUGAAGGAGAUAACACCAACUUCUCUUCUCAAGAAUCGCACCAGAGAACUUGAAGGGAAUCCUGAUUUCUCCAACAAAGAUGUUGGAGCAACCCAACCACAAAUUGCUGAAGUAAAAUCUGGAAUUAUCUCUCCACUAAACCAAGUUGAGCUACCACUUGACGUUGCUCCAUCUAAUUCUGGGAGCCACACACAUUUGUUAUCUCAGUAUGCUACGUUGAUGGAGGAUGACAAGCUUGCUUUGGGAUUAUCUGAUCAGAUCACUUCUGCUCAAGGACUGUUACAAGCUUCUCCCUCACAGUCCCCAUUUUCUGUUAGUCAGCAUCCCACAGCAAUACCUAACAUUGGAACCCGCGUAGUUAUCAACCAAAAACACAGUGGCUUGGGGGGGUUGCACGUGCAUUUCCAAAGAGUGGUUCCAAUUGCUAUGGAUAGAGCUAUCAAAGAAAUUGUCUCUGGUAUUGUUCAGCGCAGUGUUUCUAUAGCUACUCAGACAACUAAGGAGCUUGUGUUAAAGGACUAUGCCAUGGAAUCAGAUGACACAAGAAUAUUGAAUGCAGCUCACUUGAUGGUCGCAAGUUUGGCCGGAAGUCUUGCACAUGUAACAUGCAAGGAACCCUUGAGGAGUUCAAUAUUAAGUCAGCUAAGAAAUUCUCUUCAGGGAUUAAACAUCGCAAGUGAAUAUCUAGAACAAGCUGUUCAACUUGUAACCAAUGAUAAUCUGGAUCUUGGAUGUGCAGUCAUUGAGCAGGCUGCUACAGAUAAGGCAGUAGCAACAAUUGAUGGUGAGAUAGGUCAGCAGCUUUCAGUAAGAAGAAAGAGAGAAGGUGUUGGUGCAACCUAUUUUGAUGCUAACAUGUAUCCACAAGGUUCUAUGGGUGUUGUGCCAGAAGCUCUCCGCCCUAAACCUGGUCAUUUGUCCCUUUCUCAACAACGAGUGUAUGAGGAUUUUGUUCGGAUUCCCUGGCAAAACCAAUCUAUUCAAAGUUCGCAUGUUCUGCCAGUUGCUACCACAGCUUCAUCUGGUAGUGCCGGUCUCACUAGCACAUAUGGUUCAGCAUCCGGGCAACUUAACACGGGCUACUCACCAGGACCUGGAAGCAAAUUUGAAGCUGUUUCUCGUCCAUUGGAUGAAGUGAUGGAAUCCAAUUCUGCCCUCCAUCUUAGUGCUUCAUCUAUUCAUGUUGGGGUGGGCGAUGGCGUUUCCCAUGAUAGUUCUGAAAAUGAUUCUGUUGUUGGCUCAUUUCCUUCCGCUGCUUCUGCCCCCGAGCUGCACUCUGUAGAGUCAUCUGAUGCUGUAAAGGAAUCUGGAGUAUCUUCACAGCCACUGCCUUCACCUGCUGUAACUGAACGUCUUGGAAAUCUCUCAGAGCCUUCCCUCAGCACAGGGGCUGCAUUGGAAAAAUACCAGAUUGUUGCGCAGAAGUUGGAAGCCUUGGUAACUGACGAUGCUAGAGAAUCAGAAAUCCAGGGAGUCAUUGGUGAAGUGCCUGAUAUUAUACUCAGAUGUGUUAGUCGAGAUGAGGCUGCCUUGGCUGUGGCUCAAAAGGUUUUCAAGGGUUUGUAUGAGAAUGCAUCAAACCAGAUUCAUGUUGGCGCUCAUCUCGCAAUGCUUACUGCGAUUCGUGAUGUUUGCAAGCUUGUUUUUACUCAGCUAACCAGUUGGGUGAUUUAUUCUGACGAGGAGCGGAAGUUUAACAAAGAAAUUACUGUUGGCCUUAUACGCAGUGAAUUGCUAAACCUUGCAGAGUACAAUGUUCACAUGGCAAAACUUAUUGACGGUGGCAAGAAUAAGGCAGCAACAGAGUUUGCCACUUCCUUGAUCCAAACUUUGGUGAUUGAAGAAUAUAAAGUUAUCUCAGAACUUAGGAAUCUUGUUGAAGCAUUGUUUAAGGUUGCUGCAAAGCCUGGAUCUCCUGAGUCACUGCAGCAGCUGGUUGAAACUAUCAAGAAUCCUGCUGCAAAUGUGGCUGCUCUAUCUGGUAUUAAUGUUGGGAAGGACGACAAGGCCAGACAAUCGAGAGAGAAGAAGGUGAAAGAUGUGUUUGCUCAGUGGUGCCGGUUUUGUGAACUUCCUGGUGCAAACGAAAAUAAUUGUUCCCAUUUUAUCUUAAAUUUGCACUCGAUUGGCAUCCUGAAGGAUGAUCUGACGGACCGGUUUUUCCGACUACUCACAGAGAUUUCUGUUGAACAUUGUCUAUCUUCUGAGGUGAUUAAUUCAGGCACACUGCAAACUCCUCAGCAAGCGCAGAGUCUAUCCUUCCUGGCCAUUGAUAUUUAUGCUAAACUUGUAUUUUCAAUUCUCAAGAUGGAGCAGGGAUCCAGUAAAUUGAUUCUCUUGUCCAAGAUUUUGGCAGUCACAGUGAGAUUCAUUCAGAAGGAUGCAGAGGAGAAGAAAUCGUCUUUCAAUGCAAGACCAUAUUUUAGAUUGUUUGUUAACUGGUUGCUAGACCUUGGGUCUUUGGAUCCCGUUAUUGAUGGUGCUAACUUUCAGAUAUUGAUAGCCUUUGCAAAUGCGUUUCAUGCGUUGCAACCCCUCAAAGUUCCUACAUUCAGCUUUGCAUGGCUCGAGCUGGUGAGUCAUAGGAGUUUCAUGCCUAAAAUGCUAGCUGGAAAUGGUCAGAAGGGUUGGCCCUAUAUCCAACGUUUGCUGGUCGACUUAUUUCAAUUCAUGGAGCCAUUUUUGAGGAAUGCUGAACUAGGAGCUCCGGUUCAUUUCCUAUAUAAAGGUACCCUUAGAGUGCUACUUGUGCUGCUCCAUGAUUUCCCCGAGUUCCUUUGUGAUUAUCACUUCACUUUCUGUGAUGUUAUUCCCCCAAGUUGCAUUCAAAUGCGAAAUAUCAUACUCAGUGCGUUUCCCCGUAACAUGAGGCUUCCUGACCCAUCUACUCCGAAUUUAAAGAUUGAUUUGCUUGCUGAAAUCACUCAAUCUCCACGAGUUCUUUCUGAGGUUGAUGCAGCUUUGAAAGUAAAGCAGAUGAAAACCGAUGUGGAUGAGUAUCUCAAGACAAGGCAACAAGGCUCCUCAUUUUUGACUGAAUUGAAGCAAAAAUUGCUCCUUUUACCAACCGAAGCUUCCUCAGCCGGUACUCGUUACAAUGUACCCCUCAUCAACUCCCUUGUACUCUAUGUUGGGAUGCAGGCUAUCCAGCAGCUUCAGACUAGAACACCGCACGCACAGGCAAAUCAAACUGGUCCCUUUGUGUAUUUGGUAGGGGCUGCUUUGGAUAUCUUCCAGACUCUGAUAGGGGACCUAGAUACUGAAGGACGAUACCUUUUCCUAAAUGCGAUAGCAAACCAACUGCGCUAUCCAAACACCCAUACACAUUACUUCUCCUUCAUUGUUCUUUACUUGUUCGCAGAGUCAAACCAGGAAAUUAUCCAGGAGCAAAUCACAAGGGUCUUGUUGGAACGUCUCAUUGUUAAUCGUCCACAUCCAUGGGGUCUACUGAUCACAUUCAUUGAGCUAAUCAAGAAUCCGAGGUACAACUUCUGGAACCGAGCUUUCAUUAGGUGUGCACCAGAGAUUGAAAAACUCUUUGAAUCUGUAUCGAGGUCUUGUGGGGCAAAGCCUGUGGAUGAGAGUAUGGUUUCAGGUUGGGUACCUGAGACUGCUCACUGAUGCUUCGUGAAUCAUAUGGCAGUAGUUUUAGUAGGUGAUAAAUGCAGCAGCGAUGUACUUUAUUAUCUGGCUAGAACCCAGCUGUUGGAUUUGUUGUUGUAUGUUUGACUUGUAGAUGUUCUGCAAACCAACUACAACUAAAUGUAAUUUUAGUCCUUUAUUGUACGUAAGAGAUCCCAGGAGCUUUUGGCUAUUGAUAAUUUCAUCUAAUGUCGUUGAAAAGUUUGGGUGUAAUAUAACAUGGUAAACUCUAAGAGAGAUACCCUAGGAUUCAGAGUGAUCCUGUUUCCCGAUUUCAGUUUGUGCAUUUUCCCAUGAAAAAUAAAAUAAAAUGCCGUGUUCUGUAUUUGAG